UGAAAACGGUCAAAACAAUAUUUUUUCAUUAUUUUAGUUUGUUAUAAAUACAUUUCUUUAUAUUCUUUUAUUUUUUGUAUAUGUAAAAUUCAUUAUAAUGAAUGAUAAACAAAAAACGGAAAUGGUUCAAGACGGUAACGUAACUGUAUGCCAAGUAUCUUACAGUAAACCGUGUUUAAAAACAGAUCCUAAUAAAGAAGUAUCGAUUAGCGUUAUGGAGAGCUUUCAAUAUAUCCAUCAAAGGCUAGGCGUGGAUUGGGAAAACGAGAUAUCCAAAAAAAUCUUAGCAAAAUCAUUACCAAAAUAUAGAUCUGUAUCGUCUGCUAUAGGUUCGCUAGUGGAAAGACCUUUGCAAUAUCAUAUAACUGGUAGUACUUAUCAGGGAACACACGAUUUGUUGGGUUUUUCGGGAAUUGGCAUUUACAAAUUUCCCCAUGGUGUUAUUUAUGAAGGGGAAUUCCACGAUGGCGAGUUUCACGGUUCCGGGACGCUGAUAUACCCAAAUGGACAACAAGUAGAAGGCAAUUGGCGCAAAGGAAAGCUUAAAACUUGGUUUUACAAAUAUAAAGAUGGUUUGCAACAUACCCACCCUUGGAAUUAUCUCGCUCUGCCCGAUAGAGCGUAUAAGAUUGAAUUGAAAGAGGGUUUCAAAGCUCCAGGCGCGGAACAUCUAACUGGUAGAAAAUUUGACGAAAAAUAUCCUCCAGGUAGUUACGACGUCGGUGAGGAAGGGUAUUACGAUCAUGAUAUGAGAGUUAUAUUUUCGAAAGAUGGUAAGAUGCGAAGAAUUGUCGACGUGGACGAGAUCUGUUUUAUUCAAAAUAACUUUAGAAGAGAAAGUGACAGACCGGUAGGAUAUCAUCCGGAAUAUUAUGAAUAUUGGACGGCUGGAAGAAGAAACGACAUCAAAUAUAUAGAUCAAAUGUUUCAUUCGUCAAAAUUUGACCUUAAUAGUUAAUAUGCUGUUAUACUAAAUAAAUGUCUAACUGACUAAGUCCGACAAUUACUUAUUACAUUAUGAAUAAAUUACUUAAAAAUAUAAUUUUCGUGAAUAAACGGCAAAUGUAAUACAUAAA